AGAGCCGUCUGGGAGUAGAUGAGCAGGCGAGAAAGCGCAUGGAGGACCGUUUGUACGGCUCCUUUGUACGACUUUUGUUCAUACUGACGUUUUGUCCUUCUGUAAAAGUAAACGUUUGCUUAAACGUGUUUUCAUCGCGUUAACACCCGACUCCUGAGAACAGUUCGUCCUCCCGGACCGAGCGAGGCUGUGCACCGGGAAACAGGAUGGAAGGAUCCCCCGUCUCUCUGAUACGCUAGAGCCCACACCAUUCCCACCCUCAGUCCUGCGCGCCACUCCCCGGUUCUUAAAGGGCAGCAGAAUGGAUGAGCCGAGGUGCACUCAGCCACCCCCCCUCAAAACUGAAGAAGACUACAUUCCCUAUCCCAGCGUCCACGAGGUUUUGGGACGUAAAAGCCCCUUCCCGCUGAUCCUGCUGCCCCAGUUUGGGGGAUACUGGAUUGAGGGAACCAAUCAUGAUCUGGGGGACAACCCCGCCCCCGAGCAGCUGCCAUCCCCCCCGUCCCAUAUCCAGCUGGAGUCCAACACUACGGCCAUGAUCUACAGAAAGCACUUCCUGGGCAAGGAGCACUUUAAUUACUACUCCAUGGACAGCACGCUGGGCCACCUGGUCUUCUCUAUGAAGUAUGACGUGAUUGGCGACCAGGAGCACCUCCGUCUCAUGCUAAGGUCCAAGUUUAAAACCUACCAGGAUGUUAUCCCUAUAUCCUGUCUGACAGAAUUUCCCAACAUUGUCCAGAUGGCGAAGCUGGUUUGUGAGGAGGUGAAUGUGGAUCGUUUCUACCCUGUCCUGUACCCAAAGGCCUCACGGCUCAUUGUCACCUUCGACGAGCAUGUCAUCAGCAAUAACUUCAAAUUCGGGGUCAUCUAUCAGAAGUUCAGCCAGACCUCGGAGGAGGAACUAUUUGGCAACAGCCAGGAGAGUCCAGCCUUCGUGGAGUUCCUCGAGUUCCUGGGAGAGAAGAUCGAGCUGCACGACUUCAAAGGGUUCCGGGGUGGCCUGGAUGUGACCCACGGUCAGACGGGCACCGAAUCGAUCUACCACAACUUCCAUGGCAAGGAAAUCAUGUUCCACGUGUCCACCAAACUGCCAUACACUGAGGGAGACUCACAGCAGCUGCAGAGGAAGAGACACAUAGGAAAUGACAUCGUGGCCAUCGUGUUCCAGGAAGAGAACACGCCCUUCGUGCCGGAUAUGAUCGCCUCCAACUUCCUGCAUGCCUACGUGGUGGUUCAGGUGGAGAACGCCUGCUCUGACAACGUGUUGUACAAGGUGUCCGUGACUGCGCGGGACGAUGUGCCUUUCUUUGGGCCUGCUCUCCCAGACCCUGCGGUCUUCAGAAAGGGGCCGGGGUUUCACGAGUUCCUCCUGACGAAGCUCAUUAAUGCGGAGUAUGCCUGCUACAAAGCUGACAAGUUUGCCAAACUGGAGGAGCGCACGCGCACCGCCCUGUUGGAGACGCUGUAUGAGGAGCUCCACAUUAACAGCCAGUCCAUGAUGGGCCUGGGGGGCGAGGAGGACAAGCUGGAGAACGGAGGCGGGGGCGGAGGGGGCUUCUUCGAGUCCUUCAAGAGGGUGAUCCGUAGCAGAAGCCAGUCCAUGGACGCCAUGGGUCUCAGUAACAAGAAGCCAAAUGUGGUCUCCACCAGCCACAGCGGCAGCUUUACCCACAAUCCUCCAGAGACCCCCAAAACUCCAGGGAUAUCUCUCAUAAUCCCGGGGAAAAGCCCGACGCGCAAGAAAUCUGGACCCUUCAACUCCCGAAGGAGCAGUGCAAUCGGGAUCGAGAACAUCCAGGAGGUGCAGGAGAGGAGCAGAGAGUGCUCCCCCAGUACACAGAAGACCCCCGACAGUGGUCACAUCUCACAGGAUCCCAGAUCUGAGAACUCAUCCAAUCAAAGCUCACCUGAGAUGCCCACCACGAGGAACAGCUCUGUGUUGUGCUGUAGGGCUCCCUCCAUCCCCGAGGGGAACGAUCUGUCUCGAUCCUCAUCCAACGCCAGCAGCUUCGCCAGCGUCGUGGAGGAGAACGAGAACGAGAACGAGGCCAUGGAGGAGUAUGACACCGGGCUGGAGAGUCUGUCCUCUGCAGGGACUCCACACAAGCGAGACUCUUUCAUCUACGGCACCUGGACCGAGGACAGCAGCGCUGCUGCAGGCCAGGGCAGCCCUGCAGUGAGCAGCAGGCCCCCCCGCACAGAGGCCAGGCCAGAGCAGCCACAGGGGCUCAAGUCCGCUUCGAACUGCUAGCCCCUCCUACGAUUGCUACAUGGAUAUCCAUCAACAGCAUUCCCAUAAGAAACAGAGGCUGGGGGAGACCCGGCAAGCCCCGGUGUUUGGCACCACUGAGGAAGGCAGCGAUGAGGAAGACUCCCCAAGAGGACAGGACUGAAGACGCCGCAUCGGCCAGGCCUGCAGCCCCGCGGCUGGGACACCGCCACCCCCAUGCCAUGUUCCUGCCCCUUCCCCGCGGCCUGCAGCCCCGCGGCUGGGACACCGCCACCCCUAUGCCAUGUUCCCGCCCCUUCCCCGCGGCCCCCGUCCACAGGGGGCACCCCACCCCCCUCUCACUGCUUUUAGGAUGCAGUCCCCUUUGUCUGAAGCUUGCUCGUGUUUCUGCUGUAACAGGCCUCUGGGGGGGUGAAUCUACGCUCUGCAGAGAAGUGUGCUGUUGGCCUGACAGCCCGCGUGAACAGUGUGCAGUGACCAGCGCAGCACCGCCACACUCCUCUGAGCUCACCGCCACACACUCCUGCCGCACACCCCCCCCUCUCGCAGAGGCCACACCCCCCUCCCGCAGGGAUCCGCCACACCUCACCCAUACAGCCGGAGGACAGCCAAGGGCACUGGCAGCACUGCCAAACUCAAAUCCAAACACAAAUCCAGACUCAAAUCCAGACUCAAAAAUGCAGAUUCAAAUCCAAACUCAAAUCCAAACUCAAAUCCAAA